GCACUCGAGUCAACUGCGGUAGUCGUGUGAGUGAUCAAUGCACGGCACCGCUGGGCGUGUGAGGGCGACCUGUGUAUAUAUAAAGCGUCUGUCUGUCCUCUCUCUUGUUGUGUGGGGUGUCCGAGGCGUGAGUGAGUGUGUGCGUCGUCGUCUCCUGCUCACGUUUCUGGUUGUGACGUCAUCACGGGUGUCGCAUAUUAUACCCUCUUUAUGGGGAGGCUUACGAAGCUGCGUGCCUCGGAUCCGAAGAUGAAGUUGGAUUUUUUGUUGUGAGGGGAAAAAAUGUUCGUUGCAGAGUGAAUUUCAACUUGGAGUCGAUCGACAUCCAGAGGAUUUAUACUCCAGAUUGCUUCGUUUCAUCAACGCUGAGGGCUUCUCGAGAAGAAUUCAUUGAUUUUCUGGCACUGUACAGCAACCGAGUUAUCACGUAUCUGACGACACAACUUCUGAUAACCGUGAUAGAAAAUGAUAUGAAGAUUUUUUACCUUCGAUUAUUCCGGUAAGAUUGUGAGGGAAAAAAAGAAAACAGUUUUACGAGAUGUUCUGAUAAGCAGAGUGUUGUUGAAGAAAUCUGAUAUUUUCUUGCGUUCAAAAAAUGACCUUUUUAUGUCAAACAAGUCGUUGAACUCAGACCAACUAAACAGUUAUUGAUUUCUGGGAAAUAAUAAUAUCUCCAAGAAGUGGAAUGGGAAAACAUCGUGAAAGAUGAGCCAUUGUUUUUGCACUUGUCCUUUGAUUGACCGGCUUGAGGGUUUCUCUGUAUGUCCACCAAUACAUCCCGUGUUCGUUUAGUGUACGUCCAGUGGCAUCUCACCAUGACAACGGCCGCCGAACCUGACAUCCUCCUGGAAGCAUCAACUGUUAGAUCUGGUGGUCCUGAACAGCAUGGCGACUCCUUGGGUAACAGCAGUAGCAGCUCGGACACUCACUUCGUGGAGCUCAGCGACGCCGGCUUCUCUUUUAUUGCCUUCAUGUUAACGUUAACAUUCGUGUUGGGAUCCUUUGUGAACGGGCUCUGUCUAUUCGUCUUCGCCAAGAACAAGCGACUGAGGAGUCCUACCAACAUUUUCGUCAUGGCGCUCAACCUAUGCGAUCUGUUGAUGUGCCUUGUGGGAAUCCCAAUGUCCAUGACGUCAGCAUAUGCCCACCACUGGCUGUGGGGAGAACUGGGCUGUGACAUCGAGGCCUUCAUCGUCUACUUCCUCGGCCUUUCCUCCAUGUACGUGCUCAUGGCGAUCUCGUUUGACCGUUACAUCGCCAUCAGCAGACCUUUACUGGGGACGAAGAUCACCAAGAAAGUUGCUGUCAUCUCAUGUGGGGCUUGCUACUUGCUGGGCUUUCUCUGGUCGAUUUUUCCAGCAUUUGGUUGGAACGAGUUUACGCUAGAGGGCGCCGGCAUCUCGUGCAGUGUGAAUUGGGAGAACCCCAGCCCCGUGUACACCUCCUAUAUCUACGCUAUCUUCUUCUUCUGUUUCGUCAUCCCUGUGGGGGUCAUGAUGUACUCAUACUACGGCAUCAUCGCCACGCUCCGGUCGCUCAACAAGUCCUCUGUGUGGGAUAUGGACAGCCGUGUAGCGAGGAGGAAUCUGGCCAUAGAGAGGAAAAUGAUGAAGACAGCCUGUCUCAUCGUCCUUGCCUUUUGGGUGUGCUGGUUGCCGUAUACCAUCGUUUCUUUCGUCGCUGCCUUCCUUGGAGGGGAUACCAUUCCAGUCUUUCUCGCCACCAUCCCCCCUGUAAUUGCCAAGUGCCAAGGCCUCCUCAAUCCUAUAAUCUACGUGGCUACCAACAAACAGCUCCGGACGGGUUUGUACGAAAGUCUGCCUUGCGAGUCCUUAAAAUCUUCCCUGUUGAAAGGUGAGGAGGACAAACCCGAGGAAGCCGAGUCUGACGAGUCAGACCUGGACGAGGGCGAGGGAUCCUCCAAGAAAGCCAAGGGCAAGAAAAAUGCCUCGGAUGGAAAGAAGGACGGCGAGAAGAAGAAGAAAAAAUCCGGCGGCGGUGGUGGUGGUGGCGGCGGAGGUAAGAAAAACGCCGUUCAUCCUGCGGUCCUGGAGAAGCCGUCCGUGGACGAAGGGGUCAGCGAGAUGUCCACUCUCGAUGGUCCGGCGAUGACGUCAACGUCCAUACAGAUCACCCAAGACGGGAACAACGCACAGGUCAGCUACAGCUCUGGCGGUGCGGCCCCCUAGAGGACUUAGUAUUCAGCCAGUAAAUCUGGAAUGUCAAUAGCCCCGCUUGUAUGCAAUGGCCCCUCGGAAUUGAUUUUAUUGCUUUUAAGUUUGCAAAAU